GGGCCAGCGUCCAGAGGACUACACACACAUAUCUGUCCAGGCGCCUUAACAUGCCAGAUAGUAAACAUGUAGCAGCCUGGACUCUCUCCAACCCCCAGACGGUCCGGGUGAAGCACCGACGCACAUAAAAGCAGGUUAUGGAGCCGAGGCUUCCAUGUUUCAUCCUCUUCACCCUAGUCGGCUUUGUCUCCACCUCGUACAACCAUCCCCGCCACAACGCCACCCACCAUUAUGAGUACUGUGUACUCGGAGCUGGGCCUGCAGGUCUGCAGAUGGGUCACUUCCUUUCCAAGGCCGGAAGAGACUACAUCAUCAUGGAGAGGAACUCGGGGCCCGGUAGCUUCUUCAACAAGUAUCCCAGGCACAGGAAGCUUAUUAGCAUUAAUAAGGUCUACACAGGGAGACGGAACCGAGAGUUCAACCUGCGUCAUGACUGGAACUCGUUGCUGAGCGAUAAACCCGAUCUGCUGUUCAGGAGAGUGAGCACGGACUUUUACCCGCCGGCGGACGCGUUCCCGCUCUACCUGUCCAUGUUUGUCAAGGAGCUCGGCUUGAAGGUACGGUACGGCGUGGACAUUGGAAGAAUCCGGGCUCUGCAGUCUGCCACAGGAAGCAGCUACGUCCUCACUGAUCAACAUGCAGCAGACUACACAUGCAGCGUCCUCCUGGUGGCCACAGGUCUGUGGGUUCCUCAGAAGGUGGAGUUUGUGGGCUCCGACCUGGUUGAGGGCUACGAGUCCAUCUCCACUAACCCUGACGACUACCAAGACCAGGCGGUGCUAAUUCUUGGAAAAGGGAACUCUGCUUUUGAAACAGCCCAGAGCAUCCUGGGAAGAGCCAGCCGGGUGCACAUGCUCAGCUCCAGCCCGGUCCGGCUGGCCUGGCAGACACAUUAUGUUGGAGAUCUCAGAGCCGUUAACAAUGAGCUCAUAGACACAUACCAGCUGAAGUCUCUGGAUGGGCUGGUGGAGGCUCGACUGGAGAAGAUCGUUAUUGCGCAACAAAAGGAGCAAGGAAGGAGGAGAUCAGGUGGAAAGAACGAGAAGAAAAAAGGACAGUUGUAUUUAAGCUUAAAUAAAUAUGUACAAAACAGACGUGAGAAGAAUGGCUCUUAUGUGACACGAGAGGAGCUGCCGGGGCACCACAUCGACAACUUCCCCAUGCGAAAACCCUACGACCGCGUGAUCCGAUGUCUUGGGUUUCGAUUCAACUUCAGCAUAUUUGACAGCUCAGCCUGCCCACCCAACAGUGAAAAUGCAAAAGGGCGGUUGCCGGGGGUGACGGCCUGGUACGAAGGGAGGAGCACCCCUGACUUGUUUGUGCUGGGAACGGCGUCUCACUCCAGGGACUACCGCGCGUCCGCCGGCGGCUUCGUGCACGGGUUCCGGUACACAGCCCGAGCUGUGCAUCGUGUACUUGAACACCGUCACCAUGGCAACCUCUGGCCAUCAACAAGGCUGUUGACAACGCAGUUGCAUUCCUGGAUUUUGAAGCGGAUCGGUGAGGCCUCUGGGCCGUACCAAAUGUUUGAGACACUCGGGGAUGUCAUUCUCCUUCGUGGCUCUCACUGCGAGUACGUUGAGGAGUUUCUACUCCAAGCCUUGCCCCAGUUCGUCUCCCUCUCUGGCCAUGAAGUUUCCAGCCAUGGACUGAUCGUUGUCGUCAUGCAGUACGGGAAGAAGAAGAUAGACUAUCUGGGACGUGGCCGGGCAGAAACAGAUUGGACCAAGGCUUGGAAAUCCAACUUCCUGCACCCUGUCUUAUAUUACUACGAUAGGCUCCCUACUGAGGAAGAAGUGAAGAUGCGCCCCCAUGGCUGGCCUUUGCCCCGGCCCAGAGCGAUUCACCACAUGGUGGAGGAUUUCCUCACAGAGUGGGAGGGGCCUUUAUCUCACAUCCAGCCACUGAGGCGCUUCCUGGAGCGCUGUGUCCAGACCGACCUCCGGGCUUUCUAUGCAGAAUCAUGUUUCCGCUUCGCCCUCACCCACCGCAAACCGCCGCUGUUUUGCCAGCAGGGCUACUUGAGGGGGCAGGGUCUCCCUCGUGACAGUCGGCCGUGGCAGCAGCCUCAUGACUCCAGAGGGAUUCCACCUGAACAAGAUGAUGCUGGUGCUGCAGAAUCCGACCCGUCGCCCCACAGAUACCUGGUUCCAGCUGGAGCAUCUGUGUCCUCAGGACUGAAACUUGACUUCUGAUUGUUUUGGCUGUUAAACGUUUAUUUGAUGUUUUCCUAAGUCUCUCAAACUUGCUACCUCCAUCACCUGUGAUUAGUCCCUCCUUCAGACCAAAUAUUCAAACAGAGUAUUAUCCUUUUUAUUCAGUGGUUUCCAGACAAUUUUAGAUUGUGAUCUCUUAAAGUUCAGCAAUCUCAAAAUGUCAUCACCGUGUGGAUAUACAUGCUGCUGAUUGUUUAAACCAAAUAAUUUCAGUGAUUGUGAAUGUUUAGUGGGUGAUCCAUCCGCUAUCUAUACCCACUUAUUCCUGUUUGGGGUCACAGGGUCCUCUGGAGCUAAUCACACCUCUCUUCAGGGGUACAUUGUGGACAGGUGUAGACGGACAAUGCAAACACGUGGAGAACAUGCAAAACACGGAUAUACCCCUGCCAGGACUUGGCAACAAUGCUGCUAACCAUCAAUCUACCAUGCUGCCCAUUUAUGUGUCAGGAAGUACCGUUAUCAGGUACUGUUUUGGAAGAAAGUGUACCGUAUUUUCCACACUAUAAGGCGCACCGCAUUAUAAGGCGCACUAAAUAUAUGGUAAAAUACCAUACUAUAGUGACUGGGGUUGAGUUACGUAUCUACCUGAUGGAGCUGCGCUACAGGAAAUGCUACAAAAUCCUACAGCAAAUGCAAAAAAAAAAAAAGUACCGUAUGUCAAACUUUAUUAACAAAAUAAAAACCACCUUUGCUCCGUCUCGUCAAAGUCACCAUUAUGCGAGUCAGCGUCGCUGCUGUUGUCUUGAACGUCCGUGACGAUUUCUGACGUUUUUAGCGCCAUUACUUUGGCAACACCAACUACAGUAGCUACAAUCCCCCUGACUACAGUAACAGAAAUUACCGUAAUGAUCAUAUAUAAGGCGCACUGCAUUAUAAGGCGCACUGCCGGUUUUUGAAAAAAUUAAAAGCUUUUAGGUGCGCCUUAUAGUGCGGAAAAUACGAAUAAUCCAAACUUUUUUUUUAUUUCCUGUUCCGUUCUUUUUUUUUUGUCCCUCAGACUUAUAUUACUAUUUCCUGAAUUUAACCUUACAGGUUGUAAACCAGAGUUUAUCACUGGAAAGGCACUUUGUUCCCUGAGAACUUCCACUUUAUUGCUACUCCGUACUAUAUUUACCUUCAUAACGAUGUCAUUUUCAUAUCAUGCAAAAGCUGGAUAGGUGGAGGUUUGGGUGUUACGGUACAUAUGAUUAUUACUCAUUUUUAUAUGGUUUAAUACAUUAACAGGAGGAAAUAAAAGGCGUGUCUUUUAAAUUCCAAUGAA